AUGUACAGCGGCUCGAGCGACGGCGAGAGCCACGAGGCGUCGCAGAGGAAGAUCCCCCCGGCGUCCUCCAUGCCCUGGGUCCGCAACCUCCGUCGCUUCAUCGGAUCCGGGGCCGGACUCGGUUCCGAAGCCUUGAUGGAACUCGAGACCAAGAGGAUUUUGCUUGACAUAUUCAAGGAGAAGCAACAAAAAAGUGCUGAAGCUGGCUCCAUUCCAAGUUUUUAUAAGAAGAAACCCGAAGAAGGAUCCAUCAGUCAAAGAGUACAGAGGCUUGCAAAAUACCGGUUUCUCAGGAAGCAAUCGGAUCUUUUGCUUAAUGCAGACGAUCUGGAUGCAAUGUGGGUUUGCUUGAGAGAAAAUUGUGUCAUUGAUGACGCCACAGGGGCAGAAAAGAUGAACUAUGAAGAUUUUUGCCAUAUUGCAUCUGUAUGUACAGAGCAAAUAGGCCCCAAAUGCCGACGAUUCUUCAGCCCUUCAAAUUUCAUGAAAUUUGAGAAAGACGAGUCAGGACGAAUUGCCAUUCUUCCUUUCUACCUCUAUGUGAUGCGCACGGUUUCACUAACGCAGGCCAGAAUUGAUAUGAGUGAGCUAGAUGAAGAUUCUGAUGGUUUCCUUCAACCUCAUGAAAUGGAGGCUUACAUAAGGGGUCUGAUUCCGAAUUUGGCGCAGCUACGAGACAUGCCUGCUGCAUUUGUUCAAAUGUAUUGCCGCAUUGCUGCCCGCAAGUUCUUCUUCUUCUGUGAUCCUCAUAGACGAGGGAAAGCAUGUAUAAAGAAGGUGCUGCUUAGUAACUGCCUUCAAGAACUUAUGGAACUGCACCAGGAAAGUGAGGAAGAAGUUACUGACACUGAACAAGCUGAAAAUUGGUUCUCCUUGACGUCUGCACAGCGCAUAUGUGAUAUGUUCUUGGCACUUGACAGAGAUAUGAAUGGAACGUUGAGCAAGCAGGAGCUCAAAGAAUAUGCAGAUGGUUCACUAACAGAGAUCUUCAUUGAAAGAGUAUUUGAUGAGCACGUACGUCGUGGAAAAAGUGGUGGAGGGAAUUCUCGGGAGAUGGAUUUUGAGAGUUUUCUUGACUUUGUUCUGGCACUGGAAAACAAAGACACUCCUGAAGGAUUAACAUAUCUUUUUCGGUGUCUUGAUCUCAAUGGAAGAGGAUUUCUCACAACGGCUGAUAUACACUCGCUGUUCAGGGAUGUGCAUCAGAAGUGGAUUGAGGGUGGGAACUAUGAGCUGUGCAUCGACGAUGUCAGGGAUGAAAUCUGGGAUAUGGUUAAACCUGCUGACCCGCUGAGAAUCACGUUGUCUGAUCUUCUGACCUGCAAGCAAGGUGGGACGGUAGCCAGUAUGCUCAUUGAUGUGCGUGGUUUCUGGGCCCAUGAUAAUAGGGAGAACCUAUUGCAAGAAGAGGAAGAACCCGAAGAAGAAUGACAAAGCCCGUCCCCCCAUUGUUGGAGUGGUCCCUAAUGCUAACCCCAGUCUGAUGUCUGAACUAAACUAUUGGUUGUGAUUUGUAGUUUGCAUUGACACUGACGAUGAGUAUUGCUGCUUUGGCAUGUGUAGUAUUGUGUAGAUUAGGCUUUUGGAACUGGCUUCUUGAUUUCGUGCUUCUUUGAAUAAUUCGGUGUAAUUAUCAAAAGAAGAAAAGUGUAGUAUUCUAUUCUGUAUGUAGCCUCCUUUUGAAAGUAUUGUCGAUAGCCA